AUGUCAGUAACUUUUCAUACCAAGACUGGUCCGCUAAAAUUUGAAUUAAGAUUGUCGAGUAUUGCACAAUGCAAACAUGUGGAGAAUUUUUUAAGGCAUUGUGCAAAUGGAACAUACGAAGAUAACAGAAUAUUACGAUAUGUGCCAAAUUUCAUAAUACAGACAGGAGAUCCAUCACAAUCAGGGAAAGAAUCGGAACCUGCUGAUACUAAGAUCAACACGACAAAUGGAUAUAUAUCUAAGGAAUUCCAAUAUUCUAAUGCUCGUGGCUGGAAUCAAAUCAAGAGAGGCACAUUGUUAACUGUCAAUAAUGCUGGAAAUGAGGACGGUUUGGGGUCGCAGUUCUUCAUAUCUUUGUCAAAUGAGCAUCAAAAUAUAUUAGGAGAUAGUUCAAAAUAUACUGCAAUUGGUAUGGUCAUAGACGGUUAUGAGGCAAUCGAAACGCUAGAAAGCGACGAGAGCUUGAACAAUCAAGAUAAAACGAAGAAAAGCGGAAAGCCUCGUGGAAUAUGGAAGAAGGAGAGUUGGAUAAAGCAUGUCGAAAUACAUUUCAAUCCAUUUGUAGAGCAAUAA